GCGCGGUUGUGCGCGGGUCGCAUUGUCUGCUGCGCCGUCCCGCCCGCUGGCCUCGCCCCGCUCCGCCGCUCCCCGCGCGCCCCGGGCCCCUCGCCGAGCGCGGCUCGCGGGAUUCCGACGCGGGAAGGGGGCGCGCCCGGGCGGCGCAGCGGGCCUCGGACGCCCACGGCCCCGCACGGAGCAGCCGCGGCAGCAGACUCUCUUCAGGGGGAAGGUCCCCAUCCUACCUUGUCAUGUCUCGCCGAAGCCAGCGCCUCACGCGCUACUCCCAGGGUGAUGAUGAUGGCGGCAGCAGCAGUGGAGGAAGCUCAGUGAUGGGGAGCCAGAGCACCCUGUUUAAAGACAGUCCUCUCAGGACCUUGAAGAGGAAAUCCAGCAACAUGAAGCGCCUCUCCCCAGCGCCACAGCUGGGCCCCUCCUCCGACGCACACACCUCCUACUACAGUGAAUCAGUGGUCAGGGAGUCCUACUUUGGCAGUCCCAGGGCCGCCUCCCUUGCCAGGAGUUCCAUCCUAGACGAUCACCUGCAUGGUGACCCCUACUGGAGUGAGGAUUUGCGGGUGAGAAGGAGGAGGGGUACAGGUGGCACGGAGAGUAGCAAACUCAACGGGCUUGCUGAGGACAAGAGCUCUGAGGACUUCCUGGGCUCUUCCUCGGGCUACUCCUCUGAGGAUGACUUUGCAGGGUACUCGGAGACUGAUCAUCGUAGUUCGGGUUCACGGUUAAGGAACGCCAUCUCUUGGGCAGCCUCUUGUUUCUGGAUGGUUGUCACUUCUCCAGGCCGGCUCUUUGGACUCCUCUACUGGUGGGUUGGCACCACUUGGUAUCGCCUGACGACAGCCGCCUCUCUUCUCGAUGUCUUCGUUUUAACCAGGCGCUUCUCAUCUGUGAAGACAUUCCUGUGGUUCCUGUUGCUGUUGCUGCUCAUGACUGGCCUGACCUAUGGUGCUUGGUAUUUCUACCCCUAUGGGCUGCAGACAUUCCACCCGGCUCUGGUUUCCUGGUGGGCAGCAAAGGGCAGCAGCAGGCAGCAUGAUGUGUGGGAGUCCAGAGAUGCAUCCCAUUUCCAGACUGAGCAGCGCAUCUUGUCCCGGAUACACUCCCUGGAGCGGCGCCUGGAAGCUCUCGCUGCUGAAUUUUCCUCCAACUGGCAGAAGGAGGCUAUGCGGCUGGAACGUCUGGAACUGCGGCAAGGGGCCACUGGUGGAGGAGGCCACGUAGGCCUGAGCCAGGAGGACACCCUGGCACUUCUGGAGGGGUUGGUGAGCCGCCGUGAGGCUGCCCUGAAGGAGGACUUCCGCAGGGACACAGCUGCUCGGAUCCAGGAAGAACUGGUCACCCUGAGAGCAGAGCAUCAACAAGACUUGGAAGACCUCUUUAAGAAAAUUGUCCAGGCCUCCCAGGAGUCAGAGGCUCGACUCCAGCAACUGAAGUCUGAGUGGCAAAGGAUGACCCAAGAAUCCUUCCGAGAGAACUCUAUGAAGGAGCUGGGGCGGCUGGAGGGUCAGCUGACAGGCCUGCGGCAGGAACUGGCAGCCCUGAGCCUGAAGCAGAGCUCGGUGGCAGACCAAGUGGGCCUCCUGCCCCAGCAGCUGCAGGCUGUGAGGGAUGAUGUGGAGUCUCAGUUUCCUGCCUGGGUCAGUCAGUUCCUUCUCCGAGGUGGGGGAACCCGCACUGGGCUCCUUCAACGAGAAGAGAUGCAAGCUCAGCUGCAGGAGCUGGAGAACAAGAUCCUUGCCCACGUGGCCGAGAUGCAGGGCAAGUCAGCAAGGGAGGCUGCCGCCAGCCUGGGGCUAACGCUGCAGAAGGAAGGCGUGAUUGGGGUGACAGAGGAGCAGGUGCAGCGCAUUGUAAACCAGGCCCUGAAGCGCUACAGUGAGGACCGCAUCGGGAUGGUGGACUACGCUCUGGAAUCAGGAGGGGCUAGUGUUAUCAGCACUCGGUGUUCUGAGACCUACGAGACCAAGACGGCCCUCCUCAGCCUCUUCGGCAUCCCUCUGUGGUAUCACUCCCAGUCGCCCCGAGUCAUCCUCCAGCCAGAUGUGCAUCCAGGCAACUGCUGGGCCUUCCAGGGGCCCCAGGGCUUUGCCGUGGUUCGCCUCUCUGCCCGCAUCCGCCCCACUGCUGUCACCUUAGAGCAUGUCCCCAAGUCCUUGUCGCCUAACAGCACCAUCUCCAGUGCCCCCAAGGACUUCUCUAUCUUUGGGUUUGAUGAAGAUCUGCAGCAAGAGGGGACACUUCUUGGCCAGUUCACCUAUGACCAGGAUGGGGAGCCCAUUCAGACCUUCUAUUUUCAGGACACUAAAAUGGCCACAUACCAGGUGGUGGAGCUUCGGAUCUUGACUAACUGGGGCCACCCUGAAUACACCUGCAUCUACCGCUUCCGGGUGCAUGGGGAACCCACCUACUAGGCCUUCUCUGCUGUGGCCAGCCAGCUGGGAGGCCAGCCCCUCUCAGCAUGUGCCCCCUUCUCUGGGAGUGGGAGAGCAGCACCCUUGCCACUUCCCCACAUGCUUGACCAGUGCACUGACUUCCAGGAGCAAGAAUCGCUGGCCCAAUGGAGCUGAGAAAGAACAUGCAGGGCUUUCCUAGCAGCAGGACAGCUCGAGGUGGACAGCAAGUUCCAGCAUCCCUUUUCUCUGUCCUCCUUGUGCCAGGCACUGGGUGUCUACUUCCCCUUCUUGGGAGGAUGUAUAUAUGUAGCAUAUUGUGAGGGAUUGAGACAGGGAAAGAAGCAAUGAGUGGACAUGUUCCAGCAAAGGUGGGUGAAACCUGUCUGCCCCUUAACCAAGAUGGGGGGCUGGCACCCAGGGAGCUGCUGUUGGUAGGCCUGUGAAUGAAUCAGGUGCCAAAGCUGGGGAUGGGAUGAGUGAGGGCCUGGGGCAAGUGAGCUGCCCCCAUCCACAGGCAGGGAAAUAAGGUCCUCUGGGAAGAAAGUGUUCACGGUACAGGCUGGGAUUGAGCCCCUGGCAGGAAACUCCUUGUACAGGACAGCCGGGCUCUUCCAGAAGUCUAGUGCCAUCAACUUAAGGGAGCUUGACCUGUGAGGUCCCCAAAAAGCCUCUAUACACUGUAUUUGUUCUGGGUCAAAGUGGGCCAUUGGGCUUCCCAUACUCUUGAGGCUCUGGCUCCUGUGAGCGUCUGAGGGGCCAAGGGCCAGCCUGUAGGAUUCCCUGUCUGCUGGGACUAGUUGCUUUCUCUCUCCCGAUGCUGGGACCUGGGUCCACUUUGCUCCUCAUUCCUGCUAGGGCCUGCCUAUGCCCCAGAGCAAGCUUGCCAUAUUCCCCCAGGGUGCAGGGAGCCUAGACUGGUCUUUUGAGGCUAUAAGCAGCUAGGGUAAGCUUAAAAGGGUGGGGAGUAGGGUACUCCCCAAGCUCUUGGUAACAUUUAAGGUGUCGUGGUAGGAAGAGGUCUGUCUGUACUAGGGGCCCCAUCCCAAACAGGUGCCUAACUCUAAGGGCCCUGAUCCUCAGCUACCCCCUUGGACUCUUUCAGCUCUUUCUCAGAUGGUUUCCUUUCUGGCUCAUCUCCUAGGGGGUGCGGCCUUCAGGGGUGGUAGGCUGGGGAAGAGACGGCUUUUAGACCCAGCAGGCCCUGCUGUAUUAUGUAUAUAUUUUUUCAAGGUCUGUUUUUUAACUGAAAAGCUUUGGGCUUGAUUCCUAGCCCCGUUCUGUGGGGGCACUGGCUGAUUUCAGUUCCUUGUAACCCGGCUGCUGAGAGGGGCUACUGUGGAGGCUGAUCCCCAGAUGGGCUCCUAGGGGAGGGAGCUGGAAGGAAGAUGAGGCCCAAGGCUACCUGUGGUCCUUGGGCACCAGCCCCAGCCCAGACAACCAGGUUUUGUUUUGCGCUCUCCUGUCACAAAUGCUGCACUAUUGGUUCUGAAUUUUUUAUCUCCAGAUUCUAAUUUAUGCCUAUGCAAAAAAAAUAAAUAAAUUAUGCCCAGGAUUCA